AGGAGCUUCCUGUUAUCUGCACAAUAAAUAUAACUCUGCGUUAUCAUUCACGUCGAUGUUCAUUGUAAAUCAGCAUCUUUACGGGAAUGCAGUUGAAGUGAUACAGACUCCUUUCUGUCUCCUUUGAUUCAUGAUGGUUAGCACAAUGGAUCUGAUGGAGAUUGAUGACAACAUACAUAUGAAGAGGAACCUCACCAUGGAGGGCCUUGUGACAAAAGUUGAUUUUCAGAGAAGAAACCCUCCUUUCAGAUGUGUCUCCAUGGGUCUUGGACUACUAUGUGCUGUCCUGUUGGCUGGGAACGUAGGACAGUUUCUCAACUGUCACAUAUUCAACCAUAACAUGUCAGCAGCCCUGAUGCAGGCUGGUUACAGCACUGGAGCAGAUCAGCUUCAGGGCACCUCUAAUGCUUCAGCUGCAGAGAGAAAACAAUUCGAGGCCACAUUGAGUAACUUGACAAAAGAAAAAGACCAGUUGCAGACAAUCUAUGAUGACAUGCAGAAGAACUAUGAUGAACUUCGGAGAGGAAAGGAUGAGUUGCAGAGGAGUUACAAUUCACUGAAGAAUGACAAGGACCAGUUGCAAACAAGCUACACAAACUUGACCCGGAGUAAAAACCUACUUCAGAACAGAUACCAAUCACAGUCCACAGACAAAGAAGCAUUGCAAGGCCGUUACAAUACUUUGCAGAGGGAGAAAGAGCAGCUACAGACCAAUUAUGGCAAUCUUGCAACUGUUAAUGAUCAGCUACAGAAGAGCAUGGGAAAAGUUCAAGGUGACCUGACGAAAGAGAAAGACCGGCUGCAGCAAAGUUUGAACACCCUAACACAAGAGAAGAAUCAACUACAAACAAACUACAAUGACAUGCAGAACAAUCGUGACAACCUGCAAAGAGAAAAGAACGACUUGCAGACAUCGUUUAACAUGAUGAGAAUAAACAGGGAUAAGCUGCAGAGGAGUUACAAUUCACUGAAGAGUGACAAGGACCAGUUGCAAACAAGCUACACAAAUCUGAGCCAGACUAAAAACCUACUUCAGAACAGAUACCAAUCACUGUCCACAGACAAAGAAGCAUUGCAAGGCCGUUACAAUACUUUGCAGAGGGAGAAAGAGCAGCUACAGACCAAUUAUGGCAAUCUUGCAACUGUUAAUGAUCAGCUACAGAAGAGCAUGGGAAAAGUUCAAGGCGACCUGACGAAAGAGAAAGACCGGCUGCAGCAAAGUUUGAACACCCUAACACAAGAGAAGAAUCAGCUACAAACAAACUACAAUGACAUGCAGAACAAUCGUGACAACCUGCAAAGAGAAAAGAACGACUUGCAGACAUCGUUUAACAUGAUGAGAAUAAACAGGGAUGAGCUGCAGAGGAGUUACAAUUCACUGAAGAGUGACAAGGACCAGUUGCAAACAAGCUACACAAAUCUGAGCCAGACUAAAAACCUACUUCAGAACAGAUACCAAUCACUGUCCACAGACAAAGAAGCAUUGCAAGGCCGUUACAAUACUCUGCAGAGGGAGAAAGAGCAGCUACAGACCAAUUACAGCAGUUUAUCAACAAUUAAAGAUCAGUUAGAGAAGAAGAUCAACGAACUAUACGGGUCUUGUCAGACAGGCUGGACAAAGUUUGGUGGAAACUGUUACUAUGUAACAGUUGAAAAGAGAAACUGGGCUUCAAGCAGAGACUACUGCAUCAACCUCGGAGCUGAUCUGGCCAUCAUAAACAGCAGGAGUGAACAGUUAUUUGUCAAUGGGUUGCUGGGAUCAGGCGUAGAGGCCUGGAUUGGUCUGACUGACAGCUUUAAAGAGGGGACCUGGCAGUGGGUGGAUGGGACCCCCGUCACCACUACAUACUGGGAGGCUGGGCAGCCCAACAGCUACAGCGGGAACCAGGAUUGUGCAGAACUGAUGCAGAGGAGUCAAGUUGGAGAGUGGAACGAUGAAGGGUGUUCUUAUGCAAAUGUCUGCGUCUGUGAAAAAAUGAUAUCUGAUAACUGAUUAUACACUUACACAUCUCUAUCCAAAUGAUCACAUUUUAGUCUGUAGGCAGACAAAUCCUGUAGCAUUUGCUUUAAUAAUUCAAAACAAGUAAACCCUGAUGCAGUAACCUGUUAAAGAUUUCAUAUAAUGAACAUUCGGCUAUGUUGUACAAAACAGAUUUUGCUAUCAAUGACUUGUGCUGAUAUUGUAAUAUGUUGUGGCCUUUGGCAAAUCUUCAUGUUGCAUAUUUCCAUCUGCUUGGUGAAUCUGAAUGCAUGUAAAUUAAUGAUUAUUAAAGAUAAAAAAUGACAAUGA